AUGCAGCUACGGAAAGCCAAACAAGCAGGAAACCCCGUGAAUAUUAUUUGUGAAGAUUUUGCACUCCGUUCAAGAUAUGUCAUUUUGCACCCGUCGGAUGAAAAGUUUGGCUACGAUGGAUUCUUUCCUUCACUGUUGGAAGUAUAUGAAGUUAGUUGCGGUGUCUUGAACGGAAGAUGUGAACAAAGGUGCACUGAAUCGAAAGAUGGAGACGCACACGUUGUCAGCUGCAGUAGUUGGACUGAUGAACAAGCUGUAACAAACUCAGUUUACGGAUGUUACUUGAAAGUGUCAGGUGACCUUCACUUCGAGAAGCCUGGAUUGUCAUACAUGCAAUGUAGAGAUGCCUGCACUUUAAUGUCAAAAAAUACAAAGAAGACUUUGGAAACCAUCGUCAUCAUCAACCCUUCCAACGAACAACCCACAGCCACAUCUAGCGAAGAGACGGAUGAUUAUGAAUCCUACAAAGAAAAGUUGAUCAUUGCAGCCAGUGUGAGUACGGCCACCUUUCUGUUAAUGUUAGCUGCAAUACUUGGACACAUCAUGUUUACAAGGAGGGAUCAAAAAAGAGUAAGCCAAACCUCGAAUAUGAGUUCUGUGAGUUCAGGUACGAGUGGAGCCAAAUCACCAGAUGACAUUUUGGAGAGUGUGAACAGGCAGUUAACAGAGCAUGAAUAA